CACCUCUCAUCGAUCUCCACUCUCCCUCUCCUUCCUCCUCCUCCUCCUCCUGCUCCUCCUCUCGCGACCACCUGACCGGUUCUUGGCCGCGAACUGCUGCCACGAGGUGAAUCUUAUGGAGGGCGUUGAGGUGGGCGUCACCGGCGGCGGCGGGAGUGUGCAGAUGGUGGUGGCGGAGCUGGUGCGCGUGCAGGGGCUGCUGCGGCAGCUGGAGCUGCACCUGGGCGCGCCCUGCUCCGUCGAGCUCUGCCGCGGCCUCGCCGCGGAGAUCAUCGCGCUCACGGACAGGUCCAUCGGCAUCGUCACGUCCAGCUCUGGCGGUGGCGGCACCGCCGCGCAUUUCGCGGACACGCCGCCGGCGCUGGCGUCGUGCACGCCGAGCCCGCUCAGCGACGUCUCCGACCACCAGCCGUUCAGGACCAACCCCAAGAAGAGGAAGACGACGGCGAGGUGGACGAGCCAGGUGAGGGUGAGCGCGGCCGGCGGCGCGGAGGGGCCGGCCGACGACGGCCACAGCUGGAGGAAGUACGGGCAGAAGGACAUCCUCGGCGCCAAGCACCCGCGCGGCUACUACCGCUGCACCCACCGCAACACGCAGGGCUGCACCGCCACCAAGCAGGUGCAGCGCACCGACGACGACGCCUCCCUCUUCGACGUCGUCUACCACGGCGAGCACACCUGCCGCCCCGCCGCCGCCGCCGCCGCCAAGAGGCCGCACGCGCAGACCCUCCUCCAGAGCCUCAGCGCCACCCUCACGGUCAACACGGACACCAGCGGCCUUCUCUCUGCCGGCGCGGUCACGCCGCUGACGCCGGAGGACAGGCCAGCCGCCGCGCCGCCGCAGAGCGUGUCGCCGUCGCUGGCGUCGCCCGUGGCGUCGGACUCCUACGGCCUGGCCGCCGCGUACGGAGACUGGCCGCACUGCUGCGACGGCGACCUCCAGGAGGUCGUGUCGGCGCUCGCCACCGUGACGUCCGCGCCAGAGCACGCCACCAUUGACGCCGACUUCAUGAGCUACUGCUUCGACUUCAGCCACUCCUACGGCGGCAUCGGCACGCCGGACCUCUUCCCAUGAUAAAGAAAGGCAGCAUCAGAUCAGAGCAGAGCCCCUGUCCAUGUCCAUCCAUGGCAGGAGGGAAGAAGAGCAAAGAUAGCUUCUUCUUCCUAAGAUCAGUGCAGGUGUAAGCAGUAGCAGAGACAGCCCUAAAAAUACCCUAGGAUAUCUGAACAGCAUCAUCUCUUGUUUGUUUCUAUUCUUUCUUUUAGUUUCCUCUGUUUUUCCAACUCUCUGAUGGAAGUUUGGAUUUUGUUUUUUUUUCUUUCAAGCCAAAAAGAAGAAGAAAAAAAAAAGGAAUUUUGUUACUACUAUUACUGAUGAAUCCAAAGUGAGCCUUAUUUGGAGAAUGAUUCCCCUUUUUUGGGACAAAGAUUCAGUUUUUCUUGGAGAAUUGUUCACUUUUUUUGUUAUCCAUCUUGGCAAUUAGUGGAUGGAUGAGAGACAGGCUCACAGGCCAGACAUAAAACUGUAGGAAUAGCAAUUCCCCACAUGGGGUGAGUGACAAGUUGGAGCAAAAUCCCAGUUUGAACAGGUGUAUGCCACCCCAGCGAGAUCACCUCGCUGUGGUGUUUAUACUUUCAGACAUCAUCAUCGAAACAAAGGGUAUUCUGGAAUUUUGAAUCUCUGAUGGAAAAGAACAUAUUCAGAAAUAAAUUCAUAGGACAGCACUUGGCCAGAAUGAUGUCUGCAGAAUAGGGCAGCUGAAAAAUGAAUUACAUCUGAAAGCAUAGGGCAGCCCAGAUCACAAUAGCUAAAAAUGAAUGAUGUCAUCUGUGUCCAACACCUGGGAUUGCAAGACUGGAAGUUGAAUAAUCUACACUCUCGGAAUUCGAUUUCAAUGAGAGAAUCGUGGAUGAAUACAGAGUCUCUUCAAUCAUGAAUCCUUCAACUGGCCGAUGCAGAAAUCUUCAAUGAUAUCAAAGACUCUGGUGCCAUGUUGAGGGC